AUGAACUUCACCACACGUGUAAUUUCCCAAAAUAACGACUCAUUUUCAAAGGAAGAAAUAUGUCUAACUUCCAUAGACAACUUUGCAGCCUACAUAUCAGAACCAAAUAAUGAUGGUGAAACCAUUGCUGAUAUGUGAACAUGGUAGUAUCUAAUAGCAACAGUGGUAAAACUGGUGACCAUGUUAGAACAAGAGUCACCAGGAAUCAGACAAAGCCCAAGUGUCACAGGGUAAUUACUCAGCUGUCACAAGAUGAGUCUAAACAUAUAACAGAACACCAAAGUCAGUUGGAGGGAGUUGUAACACAGCCAGGUAAUGGAAGACAAACAGAACAGUUAAGUGAGUUGGAGGGAGUUGUAACACAGCCAGGUAAUGGAAGACAAACAGAACAGUUAAGCGAGUUAGAGGGAGUUGUAACACAGCCAGGUAAUGGACGGCAAACAGAACAGUUAAGUGAGUUGGAGGGAGUUGUAACACAGCCAGGUAAUGGACGGCAAACAGAACUGAGAGAUAGAGAGUAUAGAUCUAUACAAAAUGAAGAAAAUGAUGUGAAAACUAAUAACAUAGAGGUGAAUGGUAUCCAGUCAACUUCUUCUAUUGUAAGUUUUAAUAAGUCCCAAGAAACAAAAAAUAAAAGGCAAUCCAUUUCACAGGCAGAAAUGCACAUACAGAAAAUGCCCGUCAUUAAUGAGGAGGGCAAACAAAUGGCUGUGUGGACAGACAUCAAGGAAAUCAUAUUCCCAUCAUGUUCUGAUUCUCUGUGUGACAUCGUAUUGACUGUUGUAAAAGAAAUCCUCGACUACCCCCAAAACGAACAAAAUGCCAGCCCAUGCACUCCAAAACAACAGAUGGCAUUUUUAAGGAAUUUUAGGAUUGUUCCAUGUGGAACACUUUUGGUCAACACAAAAACAAUACAAGAAAAGAUUCAGACCUUGAAAAGCAUGGUUAGAACCCGUCAUAUCACUACUGAAGAAGUCCACAGUCGAGAAUGUCAUUAUUCAAAGGAGCACAUCAGUCAUGACAGUCUUUUGACACCUGACCAGAAGGUGACCAGUGAGUUCCAGAAAAUGAAAUUAGUGGCAAAUAAUCAGUUCUGUUGGUGUGUACUACCAUGUGGACAAGAAAAAGAGAUCUCCAAAGAUGGAGAAUCUGAUCCUAUAGUCUACAAUGGCCGCUACUUGAUUCCUGCAAUGAAGCUUGGUGUCCGACCAUAUGUUUCUAUGUCACUUGUCUACCCCUACUUUCGACAGUUCUACAAUUUUUUGUUUGAUCUGAGUAGAGACCAUCUGAUCGGAACAGGAAGUGAUAUUACUAUUUGUCUUUCCCCUCUAGAGGCCAACUGUAUGUCCAGUUAUAUUGCUAGGCAACAAGGAUGGGGAGCCAAUUGGCAUCACAUUACAUCACGUGACCUGAUGAUAGAUUGGCAGAAACUCUGUAAACAUGUGAAGAAUCCUCCAAGUUUGUCAACUGAGAGUCCAGAUCUGUCUCAUAAUGUUGCCAUGGUUACACCAUUACAGAUUCUUUAUGAUACAGAAAGUGACCAACCUCAGUAUGGCAGGAUCAAAGAUUCAUACUACAGAAGUGAUAAGUCAUGGAUAGAUGCAGAUAAUACAGGACUGCAACAACAAAGAAAGCCUUCAAAUCUUACUACUCCCUCAACUGGUCAAAUAACACCAAUGAAAAAUUAUGUCAAAAUACUGCCGAAAUCUGAACUCAGCAAUGGACCACUGCAGAUUCAACAUUCUCUUUCUAAGAAUGGAAAUUUAGAACCAAGUAUACAUAGGUCAGCACAAGUUUCCUCUAAUGGUCAGAAAGUAGACAAUGUUGACCUCCCUCCUAGUUCUCUGAGCCUCAAUCAACCCCAACAGAUAACACAUGUGCUGGGAACCUUUCUUGGCUAUGGGAAAGAUGGUAAAAAGAUAAUACUACUCAACCGGAAUACCAACGAUGGAAAUACGACAGACGGGUCUAAGUUAGUAAACAAUAACAAGUUACAGGUAAUUGUAACUAACAACCACUUGUCAAAAACUGCAGCCGAAAGUACAAAACCAAAGCAGUUCAUAUUUGUAACUCCCCAGAAAACAACAGAGCAGACAACAGAGCAGACGACAGAACAGACAACAGAUCAGACAACAGUACAGACAACAGAGCAGACGACAGAACAGACGACAGAGCAGACGACAUCAAAUGAGACUGUUGUUGGGACUAUGGCCAGUGUAAAAGAAGAGAAAGUUCCUGUCACACAAAAUGAAACAGUAAGACAGAACACUGAGGUGAAACAGGAAACUGUUGUUCUGAAAGCUGAGCAUGAGGAGUUGGAUUUGGAGCAGACUAGUGAAAACACAACAAAUGGAAUCAUGAGAGAGAUAUUAGAUGACAAACAUCAGUAUAAAGAUGAAGCUGAGAACCAAGACAAUGAUCAUACUGUGACAAGUAAAAACUCAUCAGAGGAAUGUAAAACUAAAUUAAAAGAGACCAAGAAAAUUAAAAGUUUUUGUCAGCAAAAUCCUGUGGAAUCAAAAGUAUUUUCUGAGAAAGAUGAAGGAAAGCCAAAUGAGGUGAAAGACCAUUUUGAUGGACUGAAGGUUAAGUCUGACUUAGAGCAAAAAGAUGUGAUUGAUAAAGUGUCUGUAAUAAAUUCCUGGGUGAAGAAUGCAGGCAAAGAUAUGAUUGAUAAAGUCUCAGGCUUAAAGGGUAGGGUGAAACAUACCAACAAAGAUGUAAAUGGGAAUAUUAUCAUUUGUCCUCAAAGAAAAGCUAAUAAUUGUCAGAAAGAUUACCAUGACGACAGCCUGUUUAAUAAAACUGGUAAUAGUAAAGAUACACAUGCCACUGACAGCAUACAAAAUGUAUCAUCGGAGCAAAACAAAAGUAAGAAAACCGUUGUUAAAGAUAAUCUGAACUCUGACCUUCUACAGAAGUCAAUAAAGGUAACUAAUAUCAGCAAUCCUGUGAAAGAUCUUGCAUUUAAACAUGCUGAUUUGAAUACAGACAAAAAAAAAUUAAUUAGAAACCAAAGUCAGAAAUCAUUCAUAGAUAGAAAUAUAAAGACAACAAAAAGACCUGUGGUGCUACCUGUGGGUAAGGCAGGAUUUACUAACCUUAGUAGAAACAAACAGUCUAUAAUUGGACAACGAAUCAUUGAGAGUAAAACUGUGGAUAUUGUGGGAUCUAUCCUAAAAGAUUCAAUGUCAAGUCAGAAAAGACUGGAAAAGUUAACAGGUGACACAUCUAAAAAUAAACCAAGUAGUAUAAGUAGAGAGGCGCCAUACAGGGAAAUAUUGUUUGAUAAAGACCAGCUAAACCAACGUAAUUUGAUGGCAUUGGCAUCAGCUAGUCCUUUUGCUCCUAAUAGUCAGAGUACAUGGAAAUUGCUGAAUUUGUACGACAGUCAGUACAUUUCACAUCUAAGUAAGGAUAAAAAUCAGAUUUCAUGUCCAACUAAUGACAAGGAACGUGAUCAUGUGACAGGAAGUCAACAGAAAAGUCCAGUAAUGUUACCUCUGAUAUCUAAGAGCUGUCAUCUCUUGCCAUCAAUCAGACGAAUCAAGGGUGGAAAGAAAGAAAGGCCAAGGAAGAGUGUAUCAUCACCAUUGUUGGCUUCAGAGAAAGCAAAAUACAAAGUCAAAUGUGAUGAUUUGAAACUGACAUUUUAUAAAAUCAAGGAAAAGAGACAGAAAUCCAAAGAUGAUCAGGUGAAACCCAGUGGUCAGCACCGCAGUGGUCAACAUGGUCCGUACUUUCAUAAAACAGAUUUGAGCAAAGCUUUGUAUGAAGAGAAGACAGUAGAAAACAUGAGUCAGGCAGAGGAUCAGAUAGGGGUUCAGGAAGAGAUAGACUCAGACCACAACAGUAAACCAUGUAAGAAAUCCAGUAAGGUUGUCAGGGCACGAACAUCGACUGAUUUGGCUGGGAAGGAAAAUAAUAUUGAUCAUCAAAGCAACGGAAACAUUAAGGCAAGCAAAGUGAAGAAAAAGAUUUCAAAGAAAAAGAAUGGUAAUGGUAAAACUACUGAUAAAGGUAUUACCAAAGCUUCACAUUGCCCCACCACUAGGACAGAUGGAUCUAGAGGAAAGAAAAGUGACAGUAUGUCCAAAGAAAAUGAGAAAACAAGUACAGAAUGUCACAGCAGAGGAAGACCCAAGAAAAAGGUAGAUAAUGUUAAUCCAUUACCUGAAGAUGACCUCCAGCAUAUUGAUUGGUCAUUGCAGGGAUCUGUUUUUGUUCUAGAUAAUAACCUUGGUCAAGGAAACCAACACAUUCUUCGCAGAAGCUUAAGGUCAAUUCUUACUCCAAAUAAACCCAAAAUACAGAUUAGCAGUGAUGAUGAUAAAGAAACCAAUGAUGAUGGUGAGAAACAGCCGAAAUCUACUAAGAAGGGUAAAAAGAGGAAAACAAAAACCAAAUUAAAACUAACAAGACCUGUUGUUUAUGAUGAAAGCAGUGGAGAUAGUCUGUAUAAUCCACAGCUGAGAUCUACGGUUGAAGAAGAUAUAUUAGUUCCACCUUCAAUGAUUAACAACACCUCAGAUAGUUCAGAGGAUGUUACAUCAUCCAAAACAGAUCGUGAUGGCACCAGUUCUGAUGAACUUCCAGAUCUAGGAGUUUCUGAAAAUGAUCAUGAACUUAACUCUGUUACUACUGGCAGCAGCAUGGAAAGUUUGGGUGACUCACAGGGGUCGAGUGUAAGUAGUGGCAGUCUGGAAACCAGUCAUGGAGCAGAUAGACAAGGAAUCAAUCACAACAAAGCAGAGAAGUUUGGAAAGAAACCAGGACAGAAAUCCAAAGCAAAAGGGGAAAAAAAGAAAAUACAAGUGAAAGCAGAAUCUGGUGUAACUGAUGAAAAGAAGGUUCCUGACAGAGAUAGAGAUAUUCUCAAAGUGAAUUACAUGGAUAAAGUUAUGCAGGAACAGCAGAGAAUACUGGACAUUAUUAAAAAUAAGUCUCCAUUGAUGAAGAAAAGAGGUGGGUUACACAGAAAUCAAAACAAGGAUUCACAGAAUGGGGAUACAUUAAGGGGACAGUCUGGAACCAGUACUCAAAUCAUGAGACUAAGGAGUAAAAACGAUUUGCUUGAUGAAAACAAUAAUGAUACGAACAUAGAAAGUGGAAACUAUAAUUCAAGUCAAUAUGUUAGUGACUCUUCAGUCCAUGAGACUAAAAGUAUGAGUCAAAAGAAUUCAUUCAAUAAAGAAAUUACAAGAGGAAUUCAUCUGACUGAUUAUUUAACUGAGGCUGGUGAGAAUCUUUGGCACGACAAAGAUGGUUGUGAUAAUGAGACAGAGAAUUCAGAUAAUAAGGAUAUGUUUUCUGAUGAAAGUCACACACACCUUUCUAUAAUAAAUGACAGUGGUCAAACAUCCUUCAUAGGCAGCAAUCAUACACACCUUUCUGAAUCAGGCAUUUCUGAUGGCAAUGCUGAUAAUCAUAUAGACAAUCAAGAUGAACUCAUUGAUCAAGAUGUAAUAUACAUCAUUAGUGAUGAAUCAGAUGGGGAGUGUCCUGUACUGCUUGUCACUGAGGAUAACAUUGAAAAUGUCACAUGUAAUCAGCUGAUUCAGGACAGAAAUAUAUUUGAUUGGGCAAAUGUGGAGUUGUUAGGAGAAACUAUGAAAAAAGAUGAUCCUAAUCAUUGUCUUGGAAAUACAAGCAACAACUCAAGUCCAAUUUAUGUACAUCAGCACAACAUUCAACUUGAAGAUGGAAAUUGGUUACCUGGUGGCAUUUUUAAAACUGAAUAUGACAAUAAUUCUUGUCCAGAUAUUGACCAUGAGGUCACUCUGCCUCAUACAGUCGAUUAUACUUACCAAACAGAUGAGCGAGGACAUAAGGAUAUAUCUUACUCUGAAACAAGUAUUAACCACCUAGAAGAAGAAGAUAAGACAUUGGUAUACACAGAGAAUGUUGACAAUUUUUAUGAGUCUUACUCAGAAGAAGAUGUGACAUUGACCUUACAGGUUGCAAACAAAAAGAACAAGAAAUCAGACAUUGAUACACUAAAUGUUUGUCGUUCUCAAAGCAGAUUUACUGAUGGAACACAUGUGUAUGAUGGAGACUUGAAGACAAUGUCAAAUGUAACAAUACCAGCCAUUGGUACAAAAAGCAGUGUGUCAAAUGAAACAGACUCCCUCAUUGGUGGAGAGAGUAGCACAACAAAUGUAACAGAGUCUACUGUUAGUGGAGAGUCCAGUUUGCCAGUCCUUUCAUUAAGUGCUUUUGAUGUUAUGAGCAAUACAUCAAUUGUUACAACUUCGACAAUUGGUGGAAAUCUUGCCUUACCUGAUAUUACAUCUAACAUCAUUGGUGCAGGAGGUAGUUUGUCAGGUAGUACAGAGUCAAACAUUGAUGUAACCAUACCAGACCUGAGCAAAACUGAGAUUUUCAAAAGUGAUUCAGAUUUCACUGUGUCAUCAGUAGACAGUGGAGAGGUUAUAAAUGAGAAUGAUCAACAGAUUACCAUGGCAUUAGAUGACAACAACAACAAACAUAUUGUGGUGGAUACCAAUGGAAUCAGACACUUACCAGAUUAUGACAAGUCUGGUGAGACUAAUAGUGGACUGAUAUUCUAUGAUAGUUGGACCAUUCCAUAUGUCCUUGUCAAUGGAUACAAGUAUACCAUAUCUAGAGAUGUCUUACCUCUGGUUAGUAAACAGUGUCAACCAAAAUGUCAGAUCCCGAAGAAUGUGAUGAAGAGGUACCCAGGAAUACUCAGGACUUUCUGUACAUGGGAACAGGUGUUUCAGAUAGAUCAACUGAUUUGUAGUACACAAAGAGGUCCUGUACGUACUGGAGAACUGAUGCUGAGAUUUGAUAUGUUUGUAUCUAAGAUAGCAGAUAUCAGGGCCACCAUCAAAGACAAACACAGGAAUACAAAGCUUAAAAAUAGUCAACUUUGUCAUUACUAAACAUUAUUCUACAUAUAAGAAAAGUUUAAAAGAUUCUCUAAAAUGUCUGUAACAGUGAUUUUUUUUUCUGUCUUCUAAAAAUUAAAUUUUAGAAUUGUGAAGGUAAGAUAACUUUGAUAACCUUUGAUAAACUUGGAUAGAGAUCUUUGUUAUAAUUUUACCAUAUUUGUUGUUUUGAAUGAUAUGUGUAUUCUACAUAUUGUAUAUUUAUUUUUUAUUGUUAAUGAAAGAGUGAUUUAAUUAUAACUGUUAAUGAAAAAGUGACUUAUUUAUAACUGUUAAUGAAAGAGUGACUUAUUUAUAACUGUUAAUGAAAGAGUGAUUUAUUUAUUACUGUUAAUGAAAGAGUGACUUAUUUAUAACUGUUCACCAAAGAGUGACUUAUUUAUAACUGUUAAUGAAAGAGUGACUUAUUUAUAACUGUUAAUGAAAGAGUGAUUUAUUUAUUACUGUUAAUGAAAGAGUGACUUAUUUGUAACUCUUAACGAAAGAGUGACUUAUUUAUAACUGUUAACCAAAGAGUGACUUAUUUAUAACUGUUCACCAAAGAGUGACUUAUUUAUAACUGUUAAUGAAAGAGUGACUUAUUUAUAACUGUUAAUGAAAGAGUGAUUUAUUUAUAACUGUUAAUGAAAGAGUGACUUAUUUGUAACUCUUAACGAAAGAGUGACUUAUUUAUAACUGUUAAUGAUAGAGUGAAUUAUUUAUAAUUGUUAAUGAAAGAGUGACUUAUUAUUAUACCCCUGCUUUAAAAAAGGGGCGGUAUACAGUUUUACCUCUGUCUGUCCUUCCGUCAGUCCGUCCGUCCCAUGAAUAUUUUUCCUCGCAUUUUUCUCAGGAACUACAAUACAAGGAUUUCUGAAAUUUGGUUUCAGGGUUUAUCUAAGUCAGCUAUACUGUGUGAUGCGUUUUCAGAUUGAUCACUUGACAACUUCCUGUUUACAGAACACUUGUAUGAUUUUACACAUGAAAGCCAAGUUGAAAAUGUUCGUCACAUUUUUCUCAGGAACUACAAUACAAGGAUUUCUGAAAUUUGGUUUCAGGAUUUAUAUAAGUCAGCUAUACUGUGUGAUACGUUUUCAGAUUCAUCACUCCACAACUUCCUGUUUACCAAACACUUGCUUAUUUUUACACUAUUAAUAUUAUCCACUUGCAGGGGGGGGUAUCAUCAGUGAGCAGUAGCUCGCAGUAUCACUUGUUUAUAACUGUUAACCAAAGAGUGACUUAUUUAUAACAUGAAAGAGUGACUUAUUUAUAGCUGUUAAUGAAAGAGUGACUUUUUUAUAACUGUUAAUGAAAGGGUGAUUUAUUUAUAACUGUUAAUGAAAGAGUACCUUAUUUAUAACUGUUAACCAAAGAGUGAUUUAUUUAUAACUGUUAAUGAAAGAGUGACUUAUUUAUAACUGUUAAUGAAAGAGUGAUUUAUUUAUAACUGU